ACUCUCAUAUCCAAAUCGCCGUCGCCGCGCAAUUUCAACUCCGAUUAGAACAGGGAAUCGUAGCCCCUGUCGGGUCGAAUUCGAUUUCGCGGCUGAAUUUCAGGUCGAUGCCUCUUUUAAUCGCAAGCCCACCCCUCCCAACACCAACACCGGUCACUAAUUUGUUCCCCAAUGCCUAGGAAAGAUGCCAAGCUCACGCGCCGCCGCCGGCCGCGCGCGGAUCGCCUCGGCGACCUCCCCGACGAUCUGCUCCUUGAUAUCCUGCGCCGCCUCGACACACGCACCGCGCUCGGCGCCGCUGCAGUCUCCAGGCGGUGGGCCAGCCUGCCCCGCGAGCUCCCCGUCCUGGACCUCAAGGUCACCGACAUACUGCCGCCGCGCUACCACCGGUGCUUCCGCCUCCGCGAGGACGCCAGGGAUUCGAAAAUAGAUUCGACCUGGUCUGACAGGAUGCUUCUAGAGGCCAUCAUCGCCCGGUACGAGCGUCGCGCCAUGCGAUCCAUGGUUUGCUCCGUCAAGGGCCUCCUGGCCAGCCAAGCUCGCCGGCGUGUCGACAGGCUGUCGCUCGAGGUCUUCGCCUACAGCACCUCGGCCCGCAUCAACCGCCUGGUCGUGGACGCCGUCGAUUCCUGGGGCGUCCGGGAUCUGGAGGUUGUUGCCACGCCGACGGGGCCGCUCAAGCGUCGGGACCCGCCGGCCUACAGCUUCCCUCUUGGUCUCAUCAGCAGGAAGCCCGGCGAGUCCCGACUGCGAAGCCUCAAGCUUGCCAACUGCUUGCCCCCGCCGCUCCAGGGAUUCAACUCGCUCACCACGCUCGUCUUGCGAGACUUGCCGGGUCCCACGCCGGCGGCCGCCUACGAGGGAGUGGUCGCCGCAUGCCCGCAGUUGCAAGUGCUGCACAUUCUGUCAUGCGAGGUCAAGGUAAGAGCCGGCAGGGUGGUCCUGGACGCGCCCAAAUCGGAAAUCAGGGAGCUUGUAGUUGGCGGCGAGCUCACGUCGGUGGAGAUCCGGUCUCUCCCGAAGCUCGAGAGCCUCGCCAGCCAGCAAGCUGACGUGCUGCUUUGCUCCGCCGCCGCCGUGCCGUGCCUUGCGCACGUGAGCCUCGCCUUCUUCGUUGACCGAAUGGAAUGGGGCGGUUUAGCUGGCCUAUACCGCUCCUAUUUUGACCGCUUGAUUCGGAUGCUCGUGCAGUUCUUCCAGGGCGCCAUCACCGUCAAGGAUCUCGUCUUGCGGUUUACUGGACCAGAGAUGUGGAUCAUGCCGACGAAUCCCUUCUCUGCAAUGUCGAACCUCAGAAGGCUGCUGGUCGCCGACGUGCCUUCCUCGUGGGACGUCUCAUGGCCGCGCCUGCUCAUCGAGGCGGCACCGUUACUUGAGAGCCUUUAUGUGCAUGUCUCCCGCAGCGAAGACGAGCCGAGACAGGAGAUACCGGGGGAGACCUCGGCUUCGCGCCAUCGCCAUUUGAAGGAGCUGGUUGUCAUUGGCUUCCAAAGGACGGAGAGACAGAUGCACCUAGUGAGGUUCGCCGUGGAGGUGUCCACGGCGCUGCGGCGUGUCGCUCUGCUCAAGCAUGGGCGCGUCGAGGACAAGGGGCUCUGUGACUGGGAGGUGGUGAGCCAGCAGAGCGAGUGGUGCGACGAGGAGAGACUCGCCGUUCUGGAUGGCAUCGGCUGUUCGACGAGACAGAUCGAAGUUGUGCUCAGUUGAACUGAGCCUGUCAUGUUGGAGAAAUGAAGUUGGAUUCCUGUAGUUCUGGUCUGGCUCUCCCCAAUUCGAAUAAAUGGAACCUAUGCAUGUCGGGUGGGGUGAUUGCCUGCUGCUCCAACAAUUUAUUUGUAUGCCAUGUGUGUGAACUGAAAUGUUACAUUCAGUUAUUUUGGUACUGCUUCUUUGUAUUUGAACUUGCUGAAGAAUGAGGUCAUGCAAUAUGAUUGGAAUGUCAUGGUUUCUUGUUUUAUCA